AUUGUUUAUUUCGCGAAUUGUCAAACGAAAAGUUCGGAACCAAAACAAAGUAUUUCACCAUCCCGCAAACCCGACAACGGUAUGACCGUGUAGUACCGAUAUGAACGUAUUUUCUGGUUCGUGGAGGAGAGCGAGUCUUCCAAUAGGGUUGUUUUCGACCCUAAGGGCAUCGUCGGUAGGAUGUGUUCGAUUUUAUUGUGAUAAACCGUCCAUUGGAGCAGCAUCAAAACCUUCGACCGAUGGAAAAGACAGCAAUGAACAGGAAGUUCGAGUUCGUUUCGCUCCUAGUCCAACAGGACAUAUGCACCUGGGAGGGUUACGAACGGCAUUGUACAAUUAUCUGUACGCCAAAGCCCAUGGUGGAAAGUUCGUAUUGCGCAUCGAAGACACCGAUCGGGAAAGGUUAGUGGAGGGUGCUGCGGAUAAACUGUAUGCCGAUUUGAAAUGGGCCGGCAUCGAACCAGACGAAGACCCGUACAAGGGAGGACCAAACGGUCCGUACACGCAAAGCCAGCGGUAUGAAAUCUACAAGCGAGAAGUGAAAAAGAUCAUGGAAGAUGGGCGAGCAUAUUAUUGCUUCUGUACCGAGCGUCGGUUGGAGCUACUGCGCAAGGAAGCGCUCCGUUUACGUCAGGUACCGAAGUACGAUAACAAGUGUCGUCAUUUAACUCCGGGUCAGAUUGCGGAGCGGUUAGCGAAGAACGAUAAGUUUUGCAUACGCUUCCGGCUACACUCGAAAGGGGAUGAAUUUAAUGAUCUAAUUUACGGUAAGAUCGUGUAUUUCAUAGCACAGCAGGAAGGGGAUCCCGUUAUCAUAAAAUCGGAUGGCUAUCCGACGUAUCACUUUGCGAACGUUGUCGAUGAUCACUACAUGAGAAUUACGCACGUGCUACGGGGUGUCGAAUGGCAGAUAUCGACCCCGAAACACAUACAGCUGUUUCAUGCAUUCGGUUGGCGACCGCCACAGUAUGCCCAUCUGCCACUGAUCAUGAACCCGAACGGAUCGAAGCUAAGCAAACGGCAAGGUGACGUUCAGCUGGAACACUAUCGCAACAAUGGUGUCUUUCCGCAGGCACUGCUGAACUACAUCACGCAAAGUGGCGGCGGGUUCGGAAGGGAACUGCUCGACAUCGAGGCACCACAGCUGAGCGACCUGAUACGACAGUUUGAUCUGAAGAAAAUUAACGCCAACUCUAGUCGUCUAAAUCCGGAACUGUUAAAGCAUUUCAAUCGGGCCGAAAUAAGGUACAAGCUGGAAAACGAUAGCGAAGCAGCCGAACGGAUCGUCCGGGAGGUGACGGAGAUGGUACGCAAGGAGUUCUCCAAGGAUGUGAAAAAUCUUCAGCUUAGUCCAGAACACGUGCGGGAUGUGCUGAACUGGUCCCUACCCCGGAUAGAUUCAUUGCAAGAUCUCGUCAAAAGCAAACUUUCCUUUCUGUGGGUAUUGCCGAAACCUAACAAGGACAAAAUCGUCGAUUCGGAUAUUCUAGCCGUGCUGGCAAAAAACUUGGCUACCGAAGCGGACGUACCGGAGUUUAACAAAUCGGAACUGAGUCGCUUCAUCAAAGCUUUCGCCGAACGGAACCAUCUUGCAUUUGAAAAGCUCAUGAAAGCGUUACGAUCGGGCUUGAGCGGACUGCAGGAAGGUCCCUCCGUUCCGGAAAUGAUGGAAAUACUCGGCCGCGAGAAGACGGUCGAACGGAUCGAGCUAGCAGCUGGAAGACAGAAAUAGACAACAGCAUUGAGCGCUUUGGUUUCCAACGAGUCAUUAGUUUAUUGAUGGUUAAAGUUCACAUCUGGUUGUUGUUGUUCCGGGUGGUAGCAUCGGUUUUGAUGAAUGUAUAAUACACCAUAUAUAUGCUUCGGUUCAUACGCGCUUACGCACAUCCAACCAAUGUUGGAACGGUGCGCUACAACACCAUGUACAUUGAUGAAUGGAAAUUUAAAAACCAAAUGUUGCAAACAAACAAAUAUAGAAUUAAUGUUAGUUGAAAGAUUA